AUGAUUGAACAACGAGACGAUUAUCAGCCAGAUAGUUUCUGGUAUUAUGCACCCAACAAGGGUGCCCCCAUAGCAUUUGCUAUUCUCUUUGCAGUGUCCGGAUUGUGGCAUUUAUACCUGUGCUUCAAACUUCGCUGCUGGAAAGUCACCGGGUUACUUCCCUGGUCCGCGAUCCUAUUCACCGCCGGGUUUAUCUUUCGCGCCAUCGGGGCUUUUGGAAACUGGGAUAAACUCAACGUCUAUAUUGUAAGCCAGUGUCUUCUACUUGUGGGACCACCCAUUUACGAAGCCGCAAACUUUUUGACCUUGGGCCGUAUCCUUUACUAUAUCCCUUAUCACGCGCCUAUUCACCCUGGUCGAGUCUUCACAACAUUCGUCGCCUUAGGUCUGAUGAUAGAAUCGCUGACAGCGAGCGGCGCUUCUCUCGUAUCAAACACGUCGAACCCCGAGUCGGUGCAAAAUGCCGGAAAAUCUCUCAUGAAAGCAUCAUUGAUCCUUCAACUUAUUCAAAUGGCUGGCUUCGUUUCGAUUGUACUUUUAUUCUACCGUCGUUGUUCGCGAGACGGUCUCUUGGCCGACAAAAUCAAAACGCCGCUUCAUGUCUUGCUCGCCAGUUGUAUUCUCAUCUCAAUCCGCACAGUCUACCGAACGGUGGAAUACUUUGAUGCUGCGAGCCUUACCGUGUGGAAUGUUGACCAGAUGAGCUCGAUCCUGAAGAACGAAUGGUACUUUUGGGUCUUUGAGGCUAUGAUCAUGUACGCCAACACAACCAUGCUGAAUUUGCUCCAUCCCAUGACAAAGCUGCCCGAAUCGAAUAAGAUUUACCUGGCCAAAGACGGUGUUACGGAGGUUGAAGGCCCCGGUUUCCAGGAACAGAGACCGCUUUUGAUGACUUUUAUCGAUCCGUUUGAUGUUGUGGGCUUGGUGAUGAGGAAAAAUAGGCAUGAGAAGUUCUGGGAAGAGGGGGGUUCUGCCAGAGUGAAGACUGGCGAGGUUUAG